AUGGUUUUCGGGAUCUUACACGUGGGACCGAAAGACAUGCCGGUGGCUAGAUAUGGCGGUUAUGAAGUUGCAUUCCCCGGCUUGAAUCUCGGAGACAUCGUGAAAGAUUCUCGCGUGAGUGAUGGUUCUGGAAGCGAGCUGAGCGGACGAGCGGCCUAG